AUGCGCAGAAAGUAUGCUUACCCAGCCCUACCUAACCUCUUCUUCAGAGAUGGCGUCCUUUCCGUGCCCGGCUAUACGUUCGAGAAGGCCGUACCAUGGGAGGACACCGGCAGCACGACUCAGCUCGCAGAGGGAAUGAGUCUUAAGGAUGGCUCUAGCGUCCUCGCCAAGAUUGCCUCUGCCCAUUCCAACGCUUCGAUGUGCAUCGAACGAGAGGCCCACAUCCUUGCGCGCAUGGCGGGCAACAUUGACAGCUCCAACGUUGUCCUCCGCAUGAUCGACUUUUUCAACAUCUCCAAAGCGAACGGCGACUGCGUCGUCCUCUUGCUCGUCCACCCCGGCCUCAAUCUGCUCGGCCGGUACUUCCCCCCCGCAAAGGUAAAUGAUCUGUUGCUCGCAGACGUGUCGCGUGCGCGGCCGUCCACGUCGCACGGGGAUGUGUACAUGACCGGCAUCGAAGAGAUGGACAUGGUCGAGGAUAUCGAGCCCGUGGAAGUCAUGGAUCUGGCAUCAUUCCUAGAAUUUGGGAUCAUCCACCGAGAAGUACGCGCCAACGCUUUUCAUCUCAACGCGCACAGUGGUCUUGUGCGGCUCGUGCACUUUGGCAAUCGUGCCGUCUCGCUAGAACAGUUUGGUGUUCCCUCAACGUUGGUGCUCCGGUCGGACGCGAUGGGAGAAGCCAAAAAGCUAAAGGUUAAGGAAGCUCUAUGCUAUCUUGCUCCCGAGCAGACCGGGGGUAUGGAAUCGACAACAGAGGACCAGAGAACAGAUCUAUACUCGUUGGGCACCCUCUUCUGGACGCUACUUGUUGGUCGGGGCACGCUGCCUUUUGAGGGCGGUCCAACAGAACUCCUACAUGCAAUUGUUCAGAAGCGCCCGAUGCCCGUACACGAAGUGCGGAGAGACGUGCCCCAAGUGCUCGCUCUCAUCAUCGACAAACUUCUUGCGAAAUCGCCAGACGCGCGGUACCACAGUGCAAGCGGUCUUAAAACCGAUCUUCUGCAGUGUCAACGCUUGCUACUGAAUUCGGUGACUCUUGUGACAGAGCAAGUCUCGACAGAACUUAUACCCAUCUUCGAGAUCGGCACGCAGGAUCGGUACACCGAGUUCACGAUCCCAUCACCUCUCUUCGGCCGCGAGAAAGAGUUAGACACCAUUCGAAACGUCAUCCGUCAUGCAUCGACAAACUACUCACGCCAUCUGGGUACAUCGAAUAGCUCGGUCAUCAUCAGCUCAUCGAGCCAUGGUACAGGCACACAAGCGGACGAUCGCUCCUCCACGAGCUCAUCCAGAAGCGAGACCAUGGUGUCGCCGAAUGGGAGUGUAAACGCGCCAACGCCGAUGUAUCUUUCGUCCAGCUUCCCGCCGAACUUUACGAACAGGAACGAGAUCGCCAAUGGGUCUGCAGGGAGCCCCAGCGCGUCGGAAUCACAGGGUCCGCCGUUACUUCGUUCGAGAGAGAAGCUUUCGCUGAGUCCUGCGGUACUAGGCAGCGAUGGGCUGAGACGCGCUGCGUUGGGACCCUCGUCGCGCCGUGCACGCACGCACGCGGUCAUUGUUGUGGGUCCACCUGGAGCGGGGAAGAGUUCGUUGGUCUUGGCUAACCAGGCACGAUGGAGAUCCCACGGUCUCUGGGGCCAGUGCAAGUUCCAGGAUAGCGAAGUAUCUCCCUUCGCGUCCCUGCUGUCCUGCCUGUCGUCCGUCCUGCGACAGCUGAUCGUCUUCCACACGGACCUCCACCGGUUCGUGACGGCACUCCGAGCACGGCUCGGCCCACAGCUGCAGAACGUGCCACUACUGUACCAGGGCGUGCCCGAGCUCAAGGACAUCCUCCUGCUAUUCGACAUCAGCCUGGACACCCCGCAGGAAGCGCUUGAGACUCACGAGCUCAGGGCGCGGUUCGAGAGCCUCGUCGAGAGCAUGUUCGCUGUGCUAGCCGAAACGAGACUGUUUGCGCUGUUCUUGGACGACUUACAGGACGCAUCGAGCUCGUCAUUGGAUCUCAUUCGCGCGCUAAUUAACUCGAGAAGUCGCCUGUUGAUAUUCGCGACGGUCCGCAUAGAUACACCGGAGGUGCUUGAGAGACUGAAGCCGAUGUUCAAUAAUCGCUCCGCAACGUGGAUCCACUUAGAGCCUCUCAGCUUUUCAGCUGUGUCCUCCCUCGUCUCUCGCACGCUUCGUCGAUCCAAGGAGGAUUGUCAGCCGCUCUCACGGAUAGUUCACGCGGCAUCGCUCGGCAACCCGUUCUCUGUACGGAACAUGCUUGCGACAUUACAGCGUCAACACUUCAUCACAUAUAGCUGGGAGAAGAAUCACUGGGAGUAUGAGAUCGAACCCAUCGAGAAGAGUUUGGCGCAGAAGAAGAACGACUUGAAUCCGAACGACUUGUCGUUCCUCAUCGCGCAGCUACAUGAGCUUGACGAGGACGCGAAGAAAUACCUCGUCUGGGCAUCGUUCUUCGGAUCAACGUUUAAGGUCACCGAAGUCGCAUUCAUGAUGGACUGGGAGGACUCGAAUGGGAGCAGCAGCGAGGACGACACCGACGGCUUGUCAAAUGUCACUAGGGCUGUCUCGCAGAUGGGCGCGAGCGAGACUUCGUCGAGCACGACGCGCGGCUCGAUGCGCGGGCUGCAGCUCGCGAUCCAGGAGGGCUGGCUCGUUCAGCGCGCGCGCGACAUGUGCAGCUUCGCGCACGACAGGUACCGGCAGGCCGCGCAGGCGGAGGCGGCGACCCUCCCUGAGGGCUCGGUCGCGAAGAUGUCGUUCAGGAUUAUCAUGAUGAUGAUGCAUGAACCCAUACCUGACAUUUACCGGAUCGCGGAGCAUGCUAAACAGUGUCUGCCGCUGUUGCGAGAGCAUCAGCGUAGAGACGAGUUAUUGGACCUUUCUAUUGAUGCGGGCGAUUCUGCGAGAGCACGGGGUGCGCAUGAGUUGGCGCUCCAGGCGUACCUCAACGCGAUAUCUCUCCUCGACGAUGACCCGUGGAGGUCACAUCCGGGAAGGACAAUGACUUUGUACCUCAAGCUCGCGGAGCUCUCGACAUGGAGAGGCGACUACGCCAACUCCGACUUUUACAUUGCGGAAUGCAUGACACGCUCGAAUGAGCCCGAGAACAAGGCGCAGAUCCUCCGCAUCCGAUCGCGCAAUUACUUCAUGCGUGGGAACUACACCGAGGCGCUACGAGACACGAUCAACGGCCUGCAUCUGCUCGGCGUGGACGUGAACCCGACGCCGUCACGGCGCGAGGCGGAUCAGAUGUUCGAGGACGUGAAAAAUGAGAUCCUCGCGGUCGGGUUUGAGGAAAUCCUCGCAAUCCCAAGGGCGCGCGACCCGCGCACGGACAUGGCAAUCUCCCUGCUGAACGAUGCGGGUGCGAAUGCGUACUGGAGCGCUGGCGAGGGGUUUGCAGAUAUCAUUGGCUUGACGACGAUACGGCUUGCACUGAGAGCUGGGAUGUGUCCGGGCACUGCGCUGGGAUUCUUCUGGGCUCUUGGCGCCGCUGCAGAAAGGAGGGAGCUUUACAGAUUCUCUGCUGAUCUCGGUAAGCUGGCGCUGCACCUUGCGGACCAGUAUGGGUCUAGCCAUGAGAAAUGCCGUGCGCUACUCCUCUUCUGCCCACUCGUGUCGGGAUACGACAGUGCUCAUUUUCGGACCAACGUUCCCCGCCUAGAACAAGCGUUGAAGUUCGGCCAGAGCGCGGGCGACAGGCUCUAUUGCAGCUUCUCAAGCCUUCAUCUCAUCCAAUGUCGCCUCUUCAUUUGCGAUCACCUGAGCGAGCUGCUACCUGCGGCUGAGGAGUCUCUCAGCGAUGUCACUCUGUGGUCUCAGAACAGUGACCUUAUCGUCUUUUGUCAAGUGCAUCUGAACACCGUUCGCGCGUACGCCGGAAUGACGGACGCCACCUCGCCCGACACCAUAUUUGAAACAGCCGAUUUUAACGAGAAGGAAUUCUUGGCGCUCAGCGAAGUGCAGUCCGGCAACUUCGUCCUUGUGAUGAACUGGUAUAAUGCUUUCAAGGUGGCUUCGCUGUAUUGCCUUGGUUUCCAUGAGGCAGCCGCAGAGUUGGGUUUUUUUGUCUACGAGACACGCGACAAGCACCCAAACCAUCGACAUUCGCGCUACGGACUGUUCUUCCACAGCUUGGCGCUGACCUCUUGCAUCCGUAAGGCCGACCUGAACGCGGAACAAUACGGUCGCUACAUGCGCCAGAUCGACGCCAACCAGAGCUAUAUCAGGAAGUGGCUGUCGUCGAGUCCGGUAAACAACAGCACAUGGGUUGCUCUCGUGGAUGCGGAGAUGGCUUCUCUUCUCAACAGUCCGGAUGCAUUCAAGCUCUAUGACGUAGCGGUGAGACUGGCUGUCAACAACGACUGGCUCCUUGAGGAAGGCUGGGCCCUGUUCCUCCAGGGAAGUCAUUUUAUCCGGUGUGGAGUGGAGGGGCUCGGUGCAGAGCUACAGCGUCGUGGGACAUCCCGGCAAUCGCAGUGGGGAGCGAGGGGCAUUGCCGAUUAUAUGUCGACCUUGCUCGACAAUCGGUCGCCACUCUCUUUGAAGCGCCAUAUCUUCUCGACUGAUGCCGCAGUGCAAACGGACACGGUCAUGGUCAGCACGAACCCGCCGCUCGUGGACGACGAGGAUAUUUUCCCUCAGACAAUCAAGACGAGCUCUACGGAUGAAGACGUGAUCAACAAGCUGACUGCUGCGGAUCUUGCGUCGAUCCUCAAGUGGAGUCGAGAGAUAUCCAGAGACAUUAACUUGUCUCUCGCGUUGCAGCGACUCACUGAGAUUGUGACUGAGAACUCUGGGAGCCAGACUACGUGCGUUGUCAUCGCACGAGAAGCAGGAGACUACACUGUCGCUACAAGUAUGACACCCCCAGAGGCCUGUCAAGUACAUGAGAAUCCUAUACCCGUCCGGGCGAUGCAAGACCCGCUUCAGAGAGCCGUCAUCCAACAUGCGCUCAACACGAAAACAAGACUUUAUCUGGAGGAUGUUUCGGCUGAGCCACGGUUUUCAUCCGAAGCACGGGAGAGUAUCCAUCGGUCGAUCAUCUGUCUCCCUAUCUUCAGCAACCGUGGACAGACAUUCGGUGCCGUCUACCUGGCGUCGAAGUACGCGUUCUCUCUGAACACAGUCACUGUGCUUAGCCUGCUGUGCGAGCAAGCCAGCGUAGGCAUAUCCAACGCACUCCUUUUCCGAUCUGUUCAGGCUGGUACUCGCGAGAAUCUGAAGAUGAUUGCUGCGCAGAAGGAAGCCCUGGAGGCCGCGCGAAAGAGCCGAGAAGAUGCGCUGAAGGCUACCAAGAUCAAGAGUAAUUUCCUGGCAUCCAUGAGCCACGAGCUGCGCACUCCUUUCAGCUCGUUCUAUGGCCUGCUGGACAUCUUGACUGGGACCGAGCUGAACGCGGGGCAAAGAGAGAUUGUCACGACUGCCAAGCAAUCGUGUGAGCUGCUGCUCAAGAUCAUCGAUUCGAUCUUGGACUACAGCAAGCUCGAAGCAUCUGCAUUAAAGCUCGAGUUCUCUCCGCUCCCGGUCGAGAAUAUAAUCGCUGACUGCAUGGAGCUUUUACUACCCAUGGCCGCGAAGAAACUAGACCUCUCAUUUGACAUCGAACCUGACGUACCGCCAUGGGUAACCGCCGACUAUGCUCGCAUAAGACAAGUCCUGAUGAAUCUCAUUGGCAAUGCGGUUAAGUUUACUGCCAAUGGAUUCGUUCGAGUCACCUGUACUGUUGAUCGCAGCUCGAUGCCUACCCCUGGAGAGGUUCACUUGAAGUUCGUGAUUCAGGAUACGGGUAUAGGACUAAGCUCUAGCGACGUCGACCUCUUAUUCGUGCCAUUCCAGCAAGCUGACAACUCUUCUACUCGCCGAUUCGGUGGUACAGGGCUGGGACUGUCGAUUUCGCGUCAGCUAGUGAAGCUGAUGGGCGGUGCUAUUGGUGUACAAUCAGAGCUCGGAGUUGGCUCCAUGUUUUGGUUCACCAUCCCUGUCAAGAUCUGCAACGAGCCCGAGUCUCAAGAGGUCAGUGUGCAUGCAUUAACGGCUUCACUCUGGUCAUUGAGCUCAUUGUACUCGCAGGCUUUGGCGGAAAUCGAUCAACUGAAGGCACAGCUUAUGACCCCAUACCCACUGCGGAUUCUAGUUGCAUCUCGGUCUCCGGCAACUCUCUCUCUUCUCAGCACCAUGCUCGGCGGCUUCUUCGUAAGUUCUGUGUCCUCUAUGGAAGAGGCGCAAAACUUCCUCCGCGAGGCCGGCAAUGUCCAUCCUCUCCUGGAUUUCGUUCUCCUCGAUGAACAAUCAGAAACACGCGCGGACGAGUUCUGUCGAUACUUGCACGAGUUCCCGGGCGAUCCAUUCCGAGAUACGAAGAUUAUACAUCUUUACACCCCUACCACCGAUUCUACAGGUCAUUCGACAUUCGCAAAUAACACACCCGGUGUGGUGCGGAUGACAAAGCCUCCGCGGAAAGCAAGGUUGCUGCAGUUGCUGGCAAUCCUCAAGAAUCCAGAGCAGAAGCAAGUCUUCAAGGCUGGUGCUGCUGAUCAGGCAGAUGAACAGCAAGCGCUCGAAGCACGGACGUUGUACGGCAACGUCUUGAUUGCUGAGGACAAUCCCGUCGCACAGAAGCUACUCAUCAAGCAGCUCGAGAGGUUCGAUCUCAACGUUGUUGCCACAUUCAACGGUGAGGAAGCUAUAGCAGAAUGGGAAGCACGGGGACCAGGCUACUUCAGCGUCGCCCUAUUCGAUCACCACAUGCCCGUUUGUGAUGGCGUGGAAGCAUGCAAGCGAAUCCGUAUCCUUGAGAAUAAGCGUCGCGCUCAGACCUUACUUCCGAUCGUUGCUCUAAGUGCGGAUUGCCAAGAAUCUACAAAGCAGCUGUGCUUGAGUGCAGGAAUGAAUUCUUUCCUGAGCAAGCCUCUAAAGAGAAGUGACCUUGUCCAACUGUUAAUCCAGUUUGGGACACCCCCAUCUAUCCGCCUGCAACAAGACACUAUACCUGCCGCUCCUUCGUAA